AUUGGCCAGCCUGGGAUGAGGUAUGCACACGGGAGGUCAUUUAUCCCGGCACCCAAGGCAUGCUGGGAUUGUACACAGAGCUGUGUGUGUGAACCCGAUACAAUCAGAUGGAAACUUCCAGCCCUCAGAAGAGACAUCUCGAGUCUUCUAGGAACGUUUUCCUGCCAGCAAUUUAUGCCGGAAGAAGCUCCAGCUAUGGCUCCUCAGGACCAACAAAUGGAGGAGGAGGAGGUGGAAACGUUCGCUUUUCAGGCUGAGAUCGCUCAGCUGAUGUCUCUGAUCAUCAACACCUUCUAUUCCAACAAGGAGAUCUUCGUGAGGGAGCUGAUCUCCAACUCCUCUGAUGCUCUGGAUAAGAUCCGAUACGAGAGUCUCACUGACCCUAGCAAGCUGGAUUCUGGGAAGGAGCUGAAGAUUGAUGUGAUCCCCAACAUAGAGGACAGAACAUUGAUCUUUAUUGACACCGGAAUCGGGAUGACCAAAGCUGAUCUCGUCAACAACCUGGGCACCAUCGCCAAAUCCGGGACCAAGGCCUUUAUGGAGGCUCUUCAGGCCGGAGCGGACAUCUCUAUGAUCGGUCAGUUCGGUGUGGGUUUCUACUCCGCCUAUCUGGUUGCUGAGAAAGUGACAGUGAUCACCAAGCACAACGAUGACGAGCAGUAUGCCUGGGAAUCCUCAGCCGGAGGAUCCUUCACUGUUAGAGUGGAUUGCAGUGAGCCUCUGGGACGUGGUACAAAAGUCAUCCUGCACCUGAAAGAGGACCAGUGUGAAUACCUGGAGGAGAAGAGAAUAAAAGAGAUUGUGAAGAAACAUUCCCAGUUCAUCGGUUACCCCAUUACACUGUUUGUGGAGAAGGAGCGUGACAAGGAAGUGAGUGAUGAUGAAGCUGAGGAGAAGGAAGAGAAAAAAGAGGAAGAGAAGAGUGAGGAGAAGCCAGAAAUAGAGGAUGUGGGAUCCGAUGAGGAGGAAGAUAAGAAUAAAGGAGACAAGAAGAAGAAAAAGAAGAUUAAGGAAAAAUACAUCGACCAGGAAGAGCUGAACAAAACCAAACCCAUCUGGACCCGCAACCCCGAUGACAUCACCAACGAGGAGUACGGAGAGUUCUACAAGAGUCUCACCAACGACUGGGAGGAUCACCUGGCUGUGAAGCACUUCUCAGUGGAAGGUCAGCUGGAGUUCCGAGCUCUGCUGUUUGUACCCCGGAGAGCGCCCUUCGACUUGUUUGAGAAUCGGAAGAAGAAAAAUAACAUCAAGCUGUAUGUGCGCCGAGUCUUCAUCAUGGACAACUGUGAGGAGCUGAUCCCGGAGUAUCUCAACUUCAUUCGAGGUGUGGUGGACUCGGAAGAUCUUCCUCUGAACAUCUCCAGAGAAAUGCUUCAGCAGAGCAAGAUCCUGAAAGUCAUCCGGAAGAACCUGGUGAAGAAAUGUCUGGAACUUUUCACAGAACUGUCCGAGGACAAAGAGAACUACAAGAAGUUCUAUGAGCAAUUCUCCAAGAACAUCAAGCUCGGUAUUCACGAAGAUUCACAAAACCGCAACAAACUUUCUGAACUACUGCGAUAUUACACCUCCGCGUCCGGGGAUGAGCUGGUGUCACUGAAAGAUUAUUGUAUGAGAAUGAAGGAGAACCAGAAACACAUCUACUACAUCACAGGUGAAACCAAGGAGCAGGUUACUCACUCGGUGUUUGUGGAGAGGCUCCGGAAGGUUGGCCUGGAAGUCAUUUACAUGAUUGAGCCCAUUGAUGAAUAUUGCGUCCAGCAGCUGAAGGAGUUUGAGGGGAAGACGCUGGUCUCCGUCACAAAAGAAGGACUGGAGCUCCCGGAGGAUGAAGAGGAGAAGAAGAGGCAGGAGGAGAAGAAAUCCAAGUAUGAGAACCUGUGUAAGAUCAUGAAGGACAUACUGGAGAAGAAAGUAGAGAAGGUUGCUGUGUCCAACAGACUGGUGACCUCCCCGAGUUGUAUAGUAACAAGUACAUACGGCUGGAGCGCCAACAUGGAGCGUAUCAUGAAGGCGCAGGCCCUGCGAGAUAAUUCCACAAUGGGCUACAUGGCAGCCAAGAAGCACCUAGAGAUUAACCCCGACCAUUCCAUUAUCGAAACGCUGAGGCAGAAGGCCGACGCCGACAAGAAUGACAAGUCUGUGAAGGAUCUGGUGAUUCUUCUGUAUCAAACCGCACUUCUGUCAUCCGGCUUCAGCCUGGAGGACCCGCAGGCACACGCCAACCGCAUCUACAGGAUGAUCCAACUUGGUCUAGGCAUUGAUGAAGAUGAGACGGCCACUGAAGACCUGAUGGCCUCCACCACGGAGGAGAUGCCGCUACUAGAAGGAGACGACGACUCUUCUCGUAUGGAAGAAGUUGACUGAAUCGGUUAAAUUCCCUGAAACACUUUAAACGUUCCAGUUCUAAUCUUAACCGGUUAGGUAUUUUUUUUUGUACUUUUGAGCAGCAAUUCCACUGCCUGCAAGUUAUGUCUAAAAAUAUAUUUAUUUUUUUGAUGUUUUGUUUUUGUUAAAUACCGUUCUAUUAAAAUAAAAGUUUAACUAUUAAGACUUAA